UGGAUAUGAUUCACACACUCAUCUGCGGACUGUUCAUUGUCAGUCUGUCACUUUACGCAAAACCCCUCACCACAGUCCAGAACAAGUCCACGAAAGCUCUGCCGGUAGAGAACAGGAGCACGCGACCGGUGAGGAAUGGAACCGAAGACGCGCGAGCUCUGAACAAGUGGCGCGCAGCGAAAGAGCCGCAAGUGCUGGACACGAGCGUCAAAGGCGCGAGAUCAUCAGGACAUCAGUCUAAUUCACGCAGAAAACAACCCCCCAAAAAUAGAGAAAAACGGAAAAACUGCUUCGGUUUCAAGAUGGAUAGAAUAAGUGAUGUAAGUGGAAUGGGUUGUAAAAGUGACCGAGGGAUACACGAGCACUAAUGGUGCAGAAAUGAACAAAAUUCAGCAUGCAGAAUGAACAUGAGUAGGCUAAACGAAUGAGGUGCUGAAUGAUGAGUGAUGAUAUGUAGGCUAUUGCAACAAUGGGGACGUUGUAUCAUUCCUGGAGAAUUAGGCCUACUGCUUAACGGUAAUAUAUGAAUAUGUUAUAUUGCGAUUCAAUUUGUAAAUUUUACAAUCAUAUUAUGGAAUUCCAGAAAACAACCAAAACAACCCUACAUUGUGUGUCCCAUCACUGUGGAUUAAACUGCUGCAGGAAUAAGUGAUUUUUGCCCUGUUGAAUUUUGGGUUGUUUAGAGACAUGUAUAAGGCUGAAAGGUUGUCUAAAGGCCUUGUUAGGCAGCAUUGAAGACUACUCCAUGUUACAUGAGAACAAACAAGUCAAUCUUUGAAAAACUGAGGCUAUAAGAAAAUAAUAUUUGAAUACACAGUAUUAUAGUGUGUUUUCUUAUUUAACCAAUAAUCACUUUUAUUA